GUUGCAUUACUGUUGCCCACAUGAACAUGGCGCCGCGACGACGACGACGGACGACGAUUCGUUGCGAAUGUGCGCCCCAUGCGCGGUUCGCCGCACGACGGAAGAUCUGCACUACAGCGUGUAUCGCUCUGUGCGCGAUAAAACUGUGCACACGUUGGGACUGGUUCAGCCGCCCCGGCACAUCCGCGGUUGUCGAGCACCCACUUACGUGGGCGUGCGAUUCUUUUGAAUUACGGUACAAACAGUCGCGGCAAUUCACUGAUCUGGGAAUUGAAGUCGCGAUGAAGCGGGAUGUGGUGGGGGUCGUCGUUGACGUGAACGACUACCGGUUCAUGCAAGCGAAAGCGAAGCAGGCCGUGCGCGAGCUGACGCGGUUUGGCGCGGGCGACGAGGAACUGUCUUUGUUUCACUCAGACGGGAACACGCGCGUGUACCAGCGCAUGGUGGAAGGCGCUGGGUUUGGUGAACUCACUGCAACGGGCACUGUGGCGCUCUCGAUGGACGCGUUGGCAUACGCCCUGUACAACGCGUCUUCGAACGAUCACCGCACGUUCCUGGCGCUGCAUUAUGGGGCAGACUACCUGGAAGGCAAGAUCGUGAACAAGUCGCUGACACGGACCAAGGACCCGUUCUUGUGGCUCGGCGCCAAGUACAAGAAGAUGUACUUGCCUGGAACGACGCUGUUUGAACCACGAGAUGCAACGUACCUCGAGUACUCGGCCACGUUCAUGGACCUCGACGGGCAGCGCCACGUGCUACUCCUUCAAUGCUCGAAAGACUUCGCCGCGUUUCCGGCCGUGCCAGAGGUCGUGCGGUUCACGUUUACACUCAUGCAUAUGUUCACGGAAGUCGAACCAGGGCGACUCGAAUUUGUGUCGCGGUACUACCUCGGCGACGUCGGCAAAGUCCCAAACUACCUCGUCAAGAAGAUGUUACUGCACGAACUACUCCUCGAUCCGCACCUUCCCCAGCUCGUACAGAAGCGCCGCCUCCUCGACAACUCCCUCAUCAACACGAAUGGCAGCGCCAUGCCGAUCGUGGCCAAAAUCAAAAAUGGAAAAUGCACCACAUGCGAGUCCAAGUUUGGCCCGUUCCGGUCGGUCACUUACUGCGCAGCGUGCGGCCAUGGCAUGUGCAAGCCAUGCCGAGUGCUCGUGUAUCGCGCAUUGCAUGUCAAGUCUGUGAGUCCUGUGAUGAAGUUGUGCUUCUGCAAAGCGUGCUCGAUCGACGCACAAUUGGCUCGGUCGGCAACGCCCCCGCCCCGUGUGCUCUCGUCGGCAUCUUCGCAAGGCGGUGGUCGUGGCAUGGACAUGUUGGAUUUGGGUGAUCGAUCGACAGUGGACAAGUCGUUCGAGCCAUUGAAUUUGAAACCACAAUACGUUGAAAUGGGCGUCUCGAUCGCCCGCGCGCCGUCGUCCCAGUCGAAAUCGUCGCCGGACCGUUUGGCGCAACACUUGACGCCGCGGUUCCGUUGUGACCAAACGCCGACUGCCGCCACCGAAGCCAUGGAUCGAUGGAUGGACGACACGCCGUCGGAAGCACCUUCAACGACUACGGAAGCCAUGGAACUGCUCCAACAUGUGCAAACGUCGCUGGAAGAUCAAAAGAUGCUCCUCCACAUGAUGCGCGUGCGUCUAGCCGGUCUCCACGACUCCAAACCACCGAGCGACGCAACAUGCAUGAUGGCUCCUCCCAGUACUCCCGACGAUCCGGCGGUCGAAAUCGAGGAGCUGUCUUAAUUAAAAUGUGGGGCGAAAGUGGCGUGAAGAGAGGGCGUGUGGCUGAUCUCCACAAACCACCGGUGGAAGGCGUCACUUUUGCAGAAUGGCCAGGUUGAGAGACAAGUAACCUGUGGACUUCACGUCGG